CCCAUUAUUCACUUCAUCUCAAACCAUUCAAAUUCUUCGUCUUCUCUCGGUCGGAACAUUGCCUCAUUGUCAAACUUUACAUAAUGUCGGUGGUUGUUGAGCAGACUCUCCCAUACACUGCCGUAGAGCUCAAGCUCGAGGACCCUACGAGAUGGGCCCGCUUAUUUCCGUUGAUGCGACCCUCGAUCAAAGUCAUUGAGACCACCAAUGAACAGACUGUGGUAGUUGACACCGCUCUUGCAGGAAGCAAAAAUGUGUUGAUCGCUGCAAUUGGAAGCGUGGGGAAUUUCUCCAGCAAGAUGCUGAGCGAGUCUCACCUUGCAGCUUUUACAACCGAGCGGCCUGGAAAUCCAACUAUAUCAGCAGAAGAACUUCAAACGAUCUUGAAAGACAAUGGAUUCCCAACACAGAACGGUGUUGUGGUCCUGAGAUCGAGUACAAACCAAAAAUUGAGAACGUCACGGGGAAUAGUCGAGUUUUCUGUGGAGGGAGAAGUAAGGUUUGACCAUGUCUUAUCCUUACUUUCCGCAAUGAAGCCAGACAUCAAGCUGUCACUUGACAAGACACAAGCUCUACUGGAGCACUUUGCAAACGCGGCUACACGAACAACAUCCACGUUUCGAGAGAAUAGGAUUGGAAACGGACCCUCAGUUUCUCAUUCUCUAGAAAUAGCGGAGUUCAAAUCAGCCAAGUCAGCUGUAGACAAGGACCUUGGCAGACUGCUGAGCUCUGGACCAUUACUGGGUGGUGAUUUGAUUUAUUCCAUCCAUUGCUCGGAUAUCAAUGGAUUCUCCCGGCUUGAAAACAAUAUACUGGCUCAUGAGUUAUCAGAAUAUCUCGCCAACAAGCAACUAGCUUCACAUACUUCACACUCAACCAUCCUUGAUCGUCGUUCCCAAGCACGUGGCUGGGCGAUCUCACUCUGUGCUAUGCCUUCAAUAUUUUUGAGUCCACGAUCAAUGCCGACAAACUCCAUCAGCAGCAAGAAUGAGACCAUACCAUCGACCAAGCCAAGAGAAGGCACUCCCAAGAUCCAACUCUCCGAUUCUCAAGUCCGAAAGAUCAUCAUAACAGGAUGUGAGCGUGUCAUCAAGGAAGAACCUACGAUCACCGAAUACGAUACUAUCGUUGGAGAUGGAGACUGUGGGUAUACACUGCGGGAUGGCGCCAAGCAAGUCCUGAGCUUCAUCAGGAAUGCCGACCUUUCAAAGCUUCCAUCAACGCUAAGUGCUCUCGUCGAUGAUCUUGAGGUCAACAUGGGCGGAACAUCUGGUGCACUAUAUUGCAUCUUCUUCUCGUCUCUUGCACAGAAUCUCUGGGAUGCACCGAGCCUUCCCGCGGCUUUGAAGGCUUCGCUUGACCACCUAUUGAAGUAUACUCGAGCGAGAUUGGGUGAUAGGACAUGUUUGGACUGCUUGAUUCCGUUUGUGGAUACAUUGGUGAAAACUGAUAAUUUAGCCAAAGCCCUGGCCGAGGCUCGGAAAGGUGUCGAAACGACGAAGAAGCUGGAGGCGAAGUUGGGAAGAUCAAGUUACUUAGAUGAGUCUGCAACAAGAGGUGUCCCUGAUCCUGGGGCCUAUGGACUGCUGAUGUUGCUGGAAGGGAUGGCUAGCGCGCCAUGAUGUUUAUUUAACAGUUCAUCUUAACAUGUUCGCUCAAUUAAUGUCUCAGUACUGCAGGAUUUGGAUGCGAAAAGAGGCAAGCGCAUGUAUCACGUGAUUGCCAUUUUCUUUAGAAUCGAC